ACUCUUCUUCCCAGCAGCUGCUGCUGCUAUUUCUCUUUCAGAAGUGUCACCUCAGCACCUCUAGUGUGUGUGUUUGUGCGUGUGAAAGGUUAGAGUGAUUCUUGAUUUUGUGUGGCUAAUUAUCAAGAUUCGAUUUUUUUCGAGAAAAAUAUGUUCUUUUUUUCUUGUGUGUAGUGAUGGUUGGUUGAAUGUGUUCUGUUUUUUCUAGCAAAAAUGUUUUCUUUCUUUUAAAUGAGGGAUUUUUUUGGUGGAUUGUUUGUUGAUUCUUGAACACUGAAAUUGUUCUUGCUGGAGUUGCCAGAGGUUAUCAAGAUUCGAUUUUUUUCGAGAAAAAUAUGUUCUUUUUUUCUUGUUUAUAGUGAUGGUUGGUUGAAUGUGUUCUGUUUUUUCUAGCAAAUGUUUCCUUUCUUUUAAAUGAGGGAUUUUUUUGGUGGAUUGUUUGUCUGAUUCUUGAACAUUGAAAUUGUUCUUGCUUGAGUUGCCAGAGGUUAUCAAGAUUCGAUUUUUAUUGGUCUUGAUAUCUUACCAGAGGCAGAAUUUUUAAGGUAUGGAUUCUUGUCUUCCUGAUUGGAACACUGAUGCUGGAGGUGAAUUCCCUGUCCCUCUUCAAAGAAAACCUCUUGGAUUAGAGAAUGAGUUGGUUGAGCUGUUGUGGCAAAAUGGGGAGGUUGUGUUGCAUAGUCAAACCAAUAGGAAACAAGCAAAGCAAUCACAUGGUGAUGGGGCAGUUUCAUGGAUUGAUUGCCCUAUUGAUGAAUCAUUUGAGAGGGAAUUCUGUGCUAAUUUCUUGUCUGAGAUCCCUCCAUCCGAAGGCUUUGCUCCGCCUCCACCUCUGAGAUUUGAGGUGCCCGGGAAAAGCCUGGAGUGCUCUGGAAUGACUGUCGGGUCGAGCCAUUGUGCGAGCAACCAAGUUGUGAAUGAAGUUGACAUGAGUUGGGCUUCUAGCUCUGGGGUCGGGAGGGCGUUAAACGAGGGCGUGGAGAGGGAGGCUCCCGGGCAGGCUAGGACGUCGGCCUCUGGUGGAUCUGGUAGUAGUAGCCUGUGGAAAACGAGCAGCCUGUCGAAUGAGACGAGCAGGCACAAGAGGAAGAGCCGUGACAUGGAUGAGUCCGAAUGCCCGAGUGAUGCGACUGAGUCGGAGUCGGCUGCGGGAAACAAGGCAAAGAUCGGGGCUGCUCGUAGGAGCCGUGUGGCUGAAGUGCAUAACAUGUCUGAGAGAAGGCGAAGGGACCGGAUCAACGAGAAGAUGAAGGCUUUGCAAGAGCUCAUCCCUCACGCCAACAAGUCGGACAAGGCGUCCAUGUUAGACGAGGCGAUCGAGUAUAUGAAGGCCUUGCAGCUGCAGAUUCAGUUGAUGUGGAUGGGGAGGGGGAUGGCGCCGAUGAUGCUUCCGGGCAUGCAGCACUACAUGUCGCGUGUAGGGAUGGGAAUCGGGCCAACCAUGCUGCCGGGGAUCCAAAACCUAAUGCGCUUGUCGCGCUUGCCCCUCGUUGACCAAGCUACGAACGGACCGAGCCAAGCUCCAGUCGGGCCUCAUAAACCAAUGCCGAACCCGGUUAAUUAUCUGAACCAAAUUCCGACCUCGAGUUUUCAAGAGCAGUAUGCUAACUACAUGAACUUUCACUCGAUGCAAAGUGCAUCGCCUCAGCCGACGGACCUUUUCAACUUCGGGUUCCAUUCGGCUCAGCCGAAUCAGGGCAAUGGGAACACUUCCGUUGGAUGAGGCAUAUAGUCGACAUGAAAUCUACGCGUACAACUUAUCGAAGAAUUGGAGGAUCGGAUACGAUAAUCAUUUGUGCAGAUCAUAUGUGUUCCUGUCGUGUUUUCGUAUUGUGUCGAAAAUUGUCAUUCUUAACUAAAACACACACAUCUCCAAGAAAUCCACACCUAUCAAUUAGCAAA